AUGGUUGUUGUUGAGAAAAAAUUGAAGAUAGAAAAAUAUAUCGGAAAAACAACUGCAGAUGCUUGGUGUGAUUGGGUAAAGUCAGUUGCGGGAUUGUUUGGAUUAAAAUUGAAUUUGUGUGUCAACUUCACCUUCGAUGGUGCUUCGACAAUGAUCUUUGAUGAAGGUGGUCUUGCGGGAAAGUUCAUUGAAUUUAUGAAAUCAAUUGGUAUUGAUGUUAAUGGAUUCGAACCAAAUUAUUGUUUCAAUCAUCGAUUGAGAAAAGCAAUUGAAAAAAUGGGAACGACGUUUUAUGGGUGUAUUGUGAAGAAAUUUUUAUACAAAUUAACGGGAGCCAACGUGAGGAUGAAUUGGGAAUCUUAUUGUAAAGAAAAAGGAAUUGAAAAAGAAGCCUUGUCAAUUCCUCAAUAUAGCAACACUCGGUUUCUAUAUAUAGCGACAAUAUUUAAUAUGGUAUUUGACAAUCUCAACGAACUUCAAGAUUUUACAAGGAACCAAAAAAACUGGAAAAUCGAAAUGCCUAAACCGAAAAGAAGGGAGAGCAGUGCCAAACAACAAAACAAAAAUGAUAACGAAAACGACAACUUCGAAGAUGAUGGCAUUGACGUCUCGAGACGGCUUAUCAAAACUGCGACUUUGGACGACGACAAAUUUGUAGCACUUCUGUUCUUUGUUGAUUUCAUUACAAGUCGGGUAAAAGUUCUCAGUGAUUGGCUCCAAAAAUCGUGCCUCUCCUUUGCUGUUGCCUAUCAACGUGUGCUUGAAGUCAUCGAGAAUUUAAUCGAACUUAAAAAUGACAUCUAUCAACGCUCAGAAGAAAAACUCUUUAACAUGCUUUACAUCAACAAAGUCAAAUCCACAGAAAGAGUUCAAUUUCGUGAUAUUUGUCUGGGAUUGCUUAAUAGUUUAUUACAAGCACUCUCAGUUCGAUUCACUCUUCCAACCAAAAAAACUCAAGCCAAGCCAAAUAGCGCUCAACGGAGCAACAAAUGA